AUGAAGAUCAAGCUCCUUUCUCUAGCCUUUACCAUCGCUUCUGCCCCUUACUCGGUAGCACAUCAGGGUGAUGAUGUGACUCGCCAAGGGACUGAUUCCACGACGGAGCAGCUUCGGGUUCAUUUGCGUCGACUAAAGUUACCUGCAUUGGUAGUUGUGGGAGACAAUGGAACACCAUCAUCUGCUUUUCCCUUGAAGAUCUGCCAAGGUGACUGUGACAAGGACAGCGACUGCGAAGGAAGUUUAAAGUGCUUCAUGAGAAAUGGAGGUGAGGCCGUACCCGGUUGCAGUGGAGGUGAGGAUGUGGCCAGUCGUGCGGACUUUUGCUAUGAUCCGAUGCCCACUUCUUCUCCUAUUGCAAUGCCCUCUGCUGUGGGACCCGAUGUGGUAGUUGUGGGAGACAAUGGUACACCAUUGUCUGCUUUUCCCUUGAAGGUCUGCCAGGGUGACUGUGACAAGGACAGCGACUGCGAAGGAAGUUUAAAGUGCUUCAUGAGAGAUGGAGGUGAGGCUGUACCUGGUUGCAACGGAGGUGAGGAUGUGGCCAGUCGUGCGGACUUUUGUUACGAUCCAAUGGCCACGUCUUCUCCUGUUUCGAUGGCCACUUCUUCUCCUGUUGCGAUGGCCACUUCUUCUCCUGUCGCAAUGGCCACUUCUUCUCCUGUGGUAAUGGCCACUUCUUCUCCUGUCGCAAUGGCCACGUCUUCUCCUGUUGCAAUGGCCACUUCUUCUCCUGUCGCAAUGGCCACAUCUUCUCCUGUUGCAAUGGCCACUCCUUCUCCCGUUGUUAUGGCCACUUCCUCUCCUGUUGCAAUGGCUACGUCUUCUCCUGUCAUUCCCUGA